CUACGAGCUGCAGAGGUAUCAGUAACUAGAUUUGCUACAAAAUCGUCAGUCAUUUCAGUAGAAGUUACAAGAAGUUGUUACGAGAAGUUAUUACGAGACAUUCAUCAUGAAGUGUUUACUGUUUGUAAUGUUCGUCAGCGCAGCGACAGCUGCAUUCGUUCCAUUUUCCGAAACAACUGGAAAACCUAUGAAAGCGUGCAACGGCAAGAACAGCUUCCAGCGAACGUUCAACGUGGCUCACGAAACGGACUGCACUAAGUUUUACAAGUGUUUAGGACGAUACGGUUUCGAGAUGGAUUGCCCGACUUUGAAAGGAAUUAAAUUGUUCUUCAACGAAGAAUUGCAAGUUUGUGACUGGGAAGGUGGUAGUAAUUGUCAGGGACCAACUGAACCUUCAGAGAAUUCUACAACCACAUGGGAUUAUGACACCACGACUUCCGAAAAUGAAAUAUCGUCGGUGGCGACGCCAAGUAACCAAUCAAAUUUUCCGGAGCCAGACUGCUCAGCUAAUCCAGACAAGAAAGCAGCUCACGGUGACAAACAUAUGUAUUAUGAAUGCGAGGAUGGAAAACCGGUGGAAAAACAUUGUCUGGAACAUCACAUCUUCGACAUUACCAUCGGGGGAUGUAUGUUGGACUCAUCUACCUAGA